CAACAGCACUGUCGCGGUCCCGAGCCCUCGUGUCUCGAAGACGACUUCCGGGUCAGAUACUUUAAAAGGUGGCCGACCCCCGACGGCUGUUUAAACGGCGGAGCGUGGAUCGCCGAGACGGAAACAUGCGAAUGCUCCAACGGAUUCGUGGGACUCCGGUGCGAGAGAUACGCCGAGAGCUGCAGGGAGCUGCUGGACAGCGGGUACAAGUACCAAGCUAGGAAGAAGACAUUUCUGCUCCCGCCUGGUUUCUCGGCGCCGUUCCAGACCAACUGCGCCCUCCUGGUUCAAGAGAUACGCACGGACAUCGUGCACCAGAGAGCCGUCUACUACAACACGACCAACAACGCGCGGACGUGGGCAGAGUACGUGGAGGGCUACUACUCACCCGACAACGACAAAACCAUGCGGGACUUCUGGCUCGGGCUCGACAAGAUCCACUACCUCAACGCGGUGGCGAGGCUCCAGCAGCUGAACAUGGUCAUCAACCUCGGCUCGGAUCUGAACUCCUACACGUUCGUCUACACCGGCGUUGUCGUGGGCGGAGCUGACACCAACUACUCGCUGAGCUACACCGACGUGACGGUGGUCACGAACGACACGAACCCCGACGGAAGAUUCCUGAACUGUUUUUCCGGCAACGGGCCAGUGCCGUUCUCGACGCCCGACGCGGACCACGACAGAGAUUUAAAUCUCAACUGUGCCGCGGAAGCAGGGGCCGGAUGGUGGUUCAGUCAAUGUGACCCUAACCCAGAGUGCAACCCGCUGGGGUUACAUUACGUAACCGGAAAUGAGGCGGUCACCCCCAAGCGCAUGCGCUUUAACGGCGUCGAAAUGCAAAAGCAUGCUUACGAUUUCACCCUGUUUAGGAUGUACUUUUCUGAUCCCUAUUAGCUAUUUAUUGUUGGCUGGAUGCCAGUAUUUGCCGGAGCAAAUAUUUGUCUAGAAAUUGUGGUUAUGAAUAUUGAAAACAUGAAGGAGAAAAAAAACUGAUUCCAAUUCCAUUCAGUUUCAGCAAUUAAAGCUUGUAAUGUGUGUGAUCAGUAGUGUUUCAUUGGACGGUAACGCUGAAACAUUAACUCAAGUUAUAACGUUCAAGAUGUGCACCAUUUUUUAACGAUUAAAAACAACUAAAAUUAAUGAGGUUUACUUCUUUUAACAACAAAAACUCUCUUUUGCUUCUUCUAUAUUUUGAGGGUCCACGAUCAAUGCAUUGAUCAUUCUGGUAAGGUACAAAAAAAAAUCCUCAUCUUGUUCGCCUUUUCCACGACAAUCUUUACCGACACCUGGUGUAAAUUAAUUUCAAAUGAUUCGGUUAUUAAAGAAUUAUUAUAGUUACUGUUG